ACUGAUAGUUUCGUCCGUAGCAACAGUUUUUGCAGUCUUCCUCCCUUCUUCCCUGUUUGUUUCAUCCCAAAUAAAUUAAAGCAUUCUAAGAGCGCUAUAGCAAGAGGGAGAGAGAGAUGCAAGGCGUGGUGGUGGCGAAUCCGUCCUACUGCUGCAGAGCCAAACACGCCCUAGAGCCUUCCUCUUCGUCCUCACCCAUCAAGAUUCCGAGCUUCUUCACGAGGGGGAGUGAUCUGCGGCGGCGGGCCUCGUCGCGUUCCCUGCGGAUUCGGAACCCUAUUAGAACACGUAGCCGAGUUGUCAAGGCUGUUGCUACCCCGGAUUCAGCAGUGGAAUUGCCACUAACUGCAGAGAAUGUUGAAAGUGUAUUAGAUGAGAUCCGACCGUAUCUUAUUUCAGAUGGAGGUAAUGUGGCAUUACAUGAGAUUGAUGGUAACGUUGUACGUUUGAAGCUACAAGGGGCAUGUGGCUCCUGUCCAAGUUCUGUAAUGACAAUGAAAAUGGGCAUUGAGCGCCGUUUAAUGGAAAAGAUCCCUGAAAUCGUAGCUGUGGAACCAAUAGCAGAUGAAGAAACUGGCCUUGAGCUGAAUGAAGAAAACAUAGAGAAGGUGCUUGAGGAAAUAAGGCCAUACCUUGUUGGGGCAGCAGGUGGAUCUCUUGAACUUGUGGGAAUCGAUGAGCCAAUAGCUAAAGUCAGAAUCACAGGUCCAGCGGCUGGGGUAAUGACUGUUCGGGUGGCUGUCACACAAAAACUGAGGGAGAAAAUUCCUGCCAUUGCAGCAGUUCAGCUUCUAUAGCACCCAUACUCAUUGGUUGGGCAUUUUUGAUUGCUCUCUUACUCUUUUAAGUAUCAUCACUGAUAUAAACUUCAUAAAACAUCUGUAUGAUAGUGCGGUAUGUCAUGUACAGCUCCAAUGAAGUUGGCACAGUUCUGAAAGUUUCUUAUUUUUUGGUGUAAUGUUUUAGAAGGGUUCACUUGGAAGGAAAUUUUAAUCCAAUAAACUUCAAUUUGAGCAUUCUAAUUUUGCCA